UAACUUUUAAGACAGGGUCUUGCUACUUAGCUCUGGCCCUGAACUCAUUAUGUAGCCGUCCUCUGGAGCGCCCUUGGGGACAGUGAUGUCCCUAACCCCUCCCCCGAGCCUGGAUGCUAGGCACCCCAGCUUUGGUGUAGUCUCUUGCUACCUUGUGGGCUUUGGUGAGGCCCUGGUCCCCGGCCCAGCCCAGCAGAUGCAGUGCUGGGGGCCCCGCCGUAAUUCCUCUGCUCCAUGACCCCACUCCCCAUGGCUGCUGUCCCCCUCACCCUGUGCAUGGAAGUGGGGGCUGGGGGCCCCUGAAUUAAUGGGCAGAAUCCUAGGUCAAGGGAUCCACAAGGUCCCUGGCCUGGGGGGGUUCGGGGCUCCCACUGGCUCCACCUCUGCUUAGGGUGAGUGGGCUCAGGCACUGCCCCUGCCCUAGUGAUCUCAGGGUUCGGCCCAGAGAUUGGCCAUGAGGAGCCUGUGGGGGGUAUCAGUGAGGCGGGGAUCCUGGAGGGCCUGGCAGCUGGGUAGUUUGGAGUCCCCAGGUCAGUGCCAGGUGGAACAGUCCUCUCGGGGCCAGCAGGAGGGUGCAAGAGGCUGCACCAGAGGCUGUGUUGGAGAGAGGGGGAGGAUGGGCUGCCUUCCAAAGUAGGGGGACCCUGGGCCCUGCAGAUUCCUCAGUCACCUGCCUCGGGUUGGGCCGGGGGUGCUUUGGGGUAUUUGCUACUGCUGUCCCUUUCCUGUUCUCCCCCUGCUUCCCCAGCGUCCAGGGCCACACUGGGGUCUGGUAGCCACCCUCAGGCCGGACAUUCUGGAGAAGUGGACAGAGAAGGAGGGGCGGGUGGGGGAGGUGGACCCCAGAACCUCUCCCCGUUCCUUCCCAAGGAGCCUUCUGUGUGGCACUGGGGGAGGGGGUGCCCAGAGUCUAGGCGGGGCUCCCAGGCCCUGAUUCUGGGGUCAGGGCUCCAGGGCUCCAGGGCUCCCCUUAACCCUGGUCCCGAGUGGGACCCCCUGAGAGGAGGAGACCCGUGGUGUGGGCCCUGCACUCCCACCAGCUGCCUUGGGACAGUGGCCCGGGACCCACCCGGAGGACAAAGGGUGAGGCCCAGGCAGAGGGGAGGAGGAGCCAGGGGCUGGACCCUGGCAGAGCCACUCCACCCUGGCGAGCCUGCCCAAGCUCACAGGCUCCACCCUUAGUUUCUGAGGUACUGGUGGGGCCUUGGGGGCAGCAGGCACCCAGGGGUGCUGAGCUCUGCUAGGGAGGCCCUGGCAAGGAUAUCGCUGCAGCCAGGGCGCCUGGGCUCCUGGUUCUGGCCCAGUCGGCCCGGGAUCCUACCCCAGACCUGUGGCUUCUGCUGGUCACAGAGCUCUUCCACCCCACCCAGGCUGGGGUCCCAGUGCACUGUGGGACCGGGAUGCCCCGAGGUCCUCGAGAUGCUGCCUGCUUUCCUGGGGCUUGGGAGAUGAUGCUGGGGGCUGCCUUGGAGGCUCCAUUAUUCAGCAGCCCCUGCGUCUGGUUUUGAGGUAUCGCUUUCACCCGGCACCCUGACUUGCGGCCUGCAGCCUGGCAGGCUGGGGAGUGCCCCCUCCCCAGGGAGUCAUGGGCGGGGCCCUCCUGGGCCUGCACAAGAGGUCCAGCUCCCUGCUCUAAGAGGAGGUGGAGCCCAGGAGCUGUGAGCACCCCCUCCCUGCAGGGCUUGGGCUCCUUUCCUUGUCCCACCCUGCGCUUGCUGGGCCCUGGCCUCUGGUCUCUACUUGAUGCAACCUGCUGACCCCAUACCAAGGGAUUCUCCCCAUGCUGGCUGUGGGAGCUCCCUGCCCCCAAGAGGGGGCUUCAAGACCCUGUGCCCAGCCUUGCCCUGUGUGAGGCCCAGGGUGUGGUCCCCAGCUGGGCAUCCAUUCCCCACUUUCGCACUGGUAGCCUUGGCACAAGUCACAUGACCUCUAGGCCUUGGUUUCUUCCUCUCUGGUAAGUUGGGGCCAGCACAGUAGCUCUUCCUUGGAGUCUCAGAAGUGGGGUUUGCUGCCUCCAGUUCUUGGGAGAGGUGUGACUCUUGGGUCCUUCAGGAGAAGGUCGCUUUCUGCCUGGGGGGCAGCAGCAAGGACAAGGGGCUGGAGAAGACCCCCAGCAUUGAGGCGCCUGCAGGCCCAGCAGGCCCAAGGUCACGGGUCCUAGGAAGGAGAGACCCUUUGCCUGAGACUCCCCUGUCCCAAGUCCUUCCUCUGCCUUCACAUGUGCAUCCAUUCAUCGACGUCACCAGUUUGAGCCAGACCCUCACGAGCGCUGAGGACACAGCUCGACGGCCAAGGUCCUGGGGCUCUGGCAGGGCCGUCCUAGCAGGGAAAUGACAGAGGGCAUGAGGAAGUGAGAUGGCUGCGGGGGUUAUCAAUGCUUAGAAGGAAUCAGUCUGACUUUGGAAGACUGAGAGAGGGUGGGCGAAGGGGCAUCUUUUGGAGACCCCGCCUUGAGGAGGCUGAGUUGGAGUGGGGGCCCAGUGCCAGCGCUUCGAAGGUCCGGGUGCAUGGAGAGCAUGGAUGGAGAGCAUUCGGGGUGAAGGCCCGGCGGGGUGCACAGUGGGCGGCCCCAUCCUGGCGCAGAGACUGCACCCACUGGCCAAGGAGGCAGAACCCUGGUCUCAGCCCAGUCUUCGGACUUUAUCGACGUCUCUUUACCCCCGGGUUGAUGGCUGGGAACGCUGCUGCCUUUCCCCACCCUGGGGAGAAGCGCUCUGAAACCACACAGCAGGGACCCCUGCACCCCAAUCCAAGGGGUUACGAGACCCCCUCCCCGCUGGGGACCCAGUCUGGAGAGCAGGGGCCUGAGGCCAAGCUGGGCUUCGAGUUUCUAGCUCUGGGGUGGCUCGAGUGCCCGAGGGGAAGGCAGCCCUGUCCUCCCUGCCAGGCCUCCAGGAAGGCUGUGGGCGCGGUGGCCCUGGGCUGGGUCAGGGAUCUGCAGAGAGUCACCCGGGCCGUCCCGGGGCGGGCGGCCACACAAUGGCAGGAAGCCAGGCCUCCGCUUGGUCUGGGGCACAGACCGCGGCUUCCUCCAGCGAAAUGGGGACUGGGCCCGGCGUCUCUGCCCGCCCAGCAGCCUCCGGGCUGGGCCCUAGGCCACUCUCCCUGGACCCGGAGCCCUUCGGGGCUCAGGGCAGCAGAGACCAGGUAUGCCACCACACUGACUGCCAGCAGCUGCACUGCCGGGGUCCCCUCAACCUCUGCGAGGCCUGCGACAGCAAGUUCCACAGCACAGGGCAUUAUGACGGCCACGUCCGCUUCGACCUGCCCCCCCGGGGCUCUGUCCUGGCCCGGAAUGUGUCCACCCGGUCGUGCCCACCCCGCACCAGCCCUGCGGUGGACUUGGAGGAAGAGGAGGAAAGUGCCACGGAUGGCAGAGGGGAUCGGAAGGCCACAGGCCUGAAACUCUCCAAGAAGAAGGCGAGGAGGAGACACACAGAUGACCCGAGCAAGGAGUGCUUCACCUUGAAAUUUGACCUGAACGUGGACAUCGAGACGGAGUUUGUCCCAGCUGUGAAGAAGAAGUCGUUGGGGGAGGUGCUGCUGCCCGUGUUCGAAAGGAAGGGCAUCACCCUGGGAGAAGUGGACAUCUACCUGGACCAGUCCAGCACGCCACUGUCCCUCACCUUCGAGGCCUACAGGUUCGGUGGACACUACCUGAGGGUUAAAGCCAAGCCAGGGGACGAGGGCAAGGUGGAGCAGGGCGUGAAGGACGCUAAGUCACUGAGCCUCCCGAUCCUGUGUCGGGCGGCCGGGGCCGGGGCCCCCGUGCUGGAGCGUGUGGACCCCCCGAGCCGCCGGGAGAACCUCGAUGUCUUGGCCCCUGGCCGCAGGCGCAAGAACAUGUCGGAGUUCCUGGGGGAGCCCAGCGUUCCGGGCCAGGAGCCCACCCCGCCCUCCAGCUGCUCUCUGCCCAGCAGCGGCCCCAGUGACAGCUGGAAGAACCGGGCAGCCAGUCGCUUCAGUGGCUUCUUCAGCUCCAGCCCCAGCACCAGCGGCCUGGGCCGGGAGGUGGACAAGAUGGAGCAGCUGGAAGCCAAGCUGCACGCCUACAGCCUCUUCGGGCUGCCCCGGCUGCCCCACCAGCUGCGCUUCGAUCAUGACUCCUGGGAGGAGGAGGAGGAGGAAGAGGAGGAGGAGGAUGAAGAGGAGGAUCGUGCCUGCCCUCGGCUGGAGGACAACUGGCGGGAGCUCAUUGAUGGGCACGAGAAGCUGACCCGGCGGCAGUCCCACCAGCAGGAGGCGGUGUGGGAGCUCCUGCACACCGAGGCCUCCUACAUCCGGAAACUGCGCGUCAUCACCAACCUGUUCCUGUGCUGCCUCCUGAACUUGCAAGAGUCCGGGCUACUGUGCGAGGUGGAGGCGGAGCGGCUGUUCAGCAACAUCCCCGAGAUCGCGCGACUGCACCGCGCUCUGUGGAGCAGCGUGAUGGCGCCGGUGCUGGACGAGGCGCGGCGCACGCGGACACUGCUGCAACCCGGAGACUUCCUCAAAGGCUUCAAGAUGUUCGGCUCCCUGUUCAAGCCCUACAUCCGCUACUGCAUGGAGGAGGAGGGCUGCAUGGAGUACAUGCGUAGCCUGCUGCGCAACAACGAACUGUUCCGCGCCUACGUCACGUGGGCGGAGAAGCACCAGCAGUGCCAGAGGCUGAAGCUCAGCGACAUGCUGGCCAAGCCCCACCAGCGCCUCACCAAAUACCCGCUGCUGCUCAAGUCAGUGCUGAAGAAGACGGAUGAGCCACGGGCCAAGGAGGCCGUUGUCACCAUGAUCAGCUCGGUGGAGUGCUUCAUCCACCAAGUGAAUGCGCGCAUGCGGCAGGAGCAGGAGCGGCGGCGGCUGGCGGCCGUGGUGAGCCGCAUCGAUGCCUACGAGGUGGUGGAGGGCAGCAACGACGAGGUGGACAAGCUCCUGAAGGAGUUUCUGCACCUGGACCUCACAGCGCCCAUCCCUGGAGCCUCGCCUGAGGAGACGCGGCAGCUGCUGCUGGAGGGCAGCCUGAGGAUGAAGGAGGGGAAGGACAGCAAGAUGGAUGUGUACUGCUUCCUCUUCACCGAUCUGCUCCUGGUGACCAAGGCAGUCAAGAAGGCCGAGAGGACCAAGGUCAUCAGGCCACCGCUGCUGGUGGACAAGAUCGUGUGCCGGGAGCUCCGGGACCCAGGCUCCUUCCUCCUCAUCUACCUGAACGAGUUCCACAGUGCUGUGGCCGCCUACACGUUCCAGGCCAGCGGCCAGGCCUUGUGCCGUGGUUGGGUGGAUGCCAUUUACAAUGCCCAGAACCAGCUGCAGCAGCUGCAUGCCCAGGAGCAGCCCGGCAGCCAGCAGCAGCUGCAGAGCCUGGAGGAGGAGGAGGAGGAGGAAGAGGAGAGCAGCGCUUCGGCUGCCAGCUCCCCCACCAUCCUGCGCAAGAGCAGCGACAGCCUGGACUCCCAGCGCGGUGCUUCUGAUGGCUCCACCGAGACCCUGGCCAUGGUUGUGGUGGAGCCUGGGGAGAUGCUGUCCUCCCCCGAGUUGGGCGGUGGCCCCUUCGGCUCCCAGCCGGAUGAGACCUCUCUGGGUACCACUGCCUCCUCCAUCACGCCCACCAGCGAGCUGCUGCCCCUGGGUCCGGUGGACGGCCGCUCUUGCUCCAUGGACUCGGCCUACGGCACCCUGUCCCCCACCUCCCUGCAGGACUUCGCAGCCCCGGCCCAAGUGGCCGAUCCCACGCCCCAGCCCCUAGAGUCAUCAGAACCCCCUUCACCCCCACCCUCACCCCGCCUGCGCCACCGCCUACCAGUCCAGCUUCUACCCCGCCUGCUCAAGUCCAAGUCGGAAGCCAGCCUCCCCCAGUUGCUGUCUGGGGCUGCCCCCCACAGAGCACCCCCAGCCCCCAGCCGAAGCCUGUCUGAGCUCUGCCUGGCUGCUGGCACCCCUGGCACUAGGACUCGGGGCUCCCCUCAGGAGGUGGGGCCUGGGUGGGACUGUCAGGGGAUACCUAGCCCAGGCAGUGGCCCUGAGCCGUCAGAGGCGGAGAGCAGAGCCAGCUGCCAGGCUGGGGAUCCUGCGGGCCCCACCAAGAGGAGGUGCAGGGGGCUGCCCUCGGGGGUUUCUCCCCAGGCCCAGCCUGAGCCCCCUCCAGGGCUCUCAGGCCAGCACAGGAAGCUGACCCUGGCCCAGCUGUACCGAAUCAGGACCACCCUGCUGCUUAACUCCACGCUUACUGCCUCGGAGGUCUGAGCAGAGGGAGCUCCCUCAGAGUGCCACUGACCAGUGACAGCAGACACAUGGCUCCUAAAAGUGUGGUACCUACUUCAGCUGCUGCCUCCUGUGGCAUGAGUUGGAGUGGUGGGCCAGACCCCUGCCUGCCACCCUGGCUGACUUGCACUUGCUGGACUGGAUGGGGUGGGGGCAGCUCGACAGAGCCCCUGGCCCAGGCUACAGCACCCCCCCCCGCCUGUCCAGAGGGUCCCUUGUCCCCGACUCCUGAGGUUAUCAGCUCUGACCCUCCGGGCUGGACUCCCGGGUGCCAGUCCCACUGCCACCCUCAUCUGGCCUCAGAGGGGACCGCCCUGUCCCCAACAUCCUCCCUCCCAGUCCUGCUGGCCACCCAGGCUCAGGCUGGCUGUGUAAAGCUGCGUAUUUAUUGAGUGAUGGUUCUUUUAUAAAGACUUGUAUACAUCC